UCAUCAAUUUGUUUUCCCUCCAAAACGAAUAGAAAAGAAGAAGAAGAAGAGAAAGACAAUGAAAGAGAAAACAAAAAGGAAGAAAGAUUAUAAAUAGUAUCGAAAAAUCCAGUAAAAAAAGUAGUGAGUGGAAGGGCAAAGAAAGGAACAUGAACAACUCCGUAGAAUGAUGUUUCUUUUACUUUAUUAUAGUGUUAAAGUGAGGAGAAAAAAAAUUCAGAGUUUUAGCAAUGGAAAUGUUAGGACAUCUGUAGACAAAAGUGGGCCUCUUUCUCUUUCUUUUUCUCUCUAUCUCUUUUCCCUUUGGCUGUAAAUUGUAAUCUAAGCAAAUCUAAAUUUUGGGUUUUUUUUUUUUUUUACAUUCCAAUAUCACUGUCUCUGUCCACGAGAAAAAUCCCAAGCUAUCCCAAUUUUCCCGCUUCUUCUUGGUGUUCUUUGUAUCUUUCUUAUUAGCUUGGGAGUUAAAGCAGAUUGAUAGAAAAAAAAAGAGGGACCAUUUUCAAACAGUUUUUGUGAGAGUGAGGAGUUUUCUUUUCUUUUCUUCUGUGGAAAUGAUGGAUACCCCAGAGAAGGCCCAGAUUAGUUCUUCACUUUCUAAGUUCGAGGAUUCCCCAGUCUUUAACUACAUCAACAGCCUUUCCCCCAUCAAACCAGUCAAAUCCAUACAUGUUACGCAGACGUUCAACCCGCUUAGCUUCGCAUCGCUUCCAUCUAUUUUCACUUCACCCCAUGUCAGCUCUCACAAGGAAUCUAGAUUCCUGAAAAGCUAUACAGAUCCAUUGAAACCCGAGUCGUCUUCUGCGGAUGGGACUAAAGUUAGAACAAAUGAGGAGGCGGGUGCGGAUGCACAGGAGAAUUUUGAUCAAGGAGUUUCCCGGGGUGAGACUUCUUUUGAGAUGCCUAAUGAACCUUCAAGGAUUGCAAUUGGGCUGCCACAAACUUUAAAGUAUGAUUGCGGUAGCCCCGACUGUGAUGCAACACCUUGUGUUAUCAAGACAACUUGUGUCUCAGACACAUCUCUCGCAAUUGUUCCAUUUGUUCAAGAGGCCUCUGAAAAAGGCUUAUCUGAUGGAGUGGAAAUACGGGACACUUUCCAGGUUGAGCAAAAAAGGGAUACUAUAGGAUCUGAGUGGGAGAGUUUGAUUUCUGAUACAUCUGACCUAUUGAUUUUUAAUUCCCCCAAUGAUUCGGAGGCUUUUAGGGGUGUGAUUCAGAAAUCUUUGGACCCUGGUGUUCUUAUUUCUCAGUUCUCACAAGAUGAUAUCAAUGAGGCAUGCCAAACUACUGUUGAUUUGGACAAGUAUAAAGAUCAAACUGAAGGAGCCGUAGAGAUGAACGAGAUGAACCCUGUGAAUGAAAGUUUUGAGGACGCUAGUGUGACUAACUUCAUAUCUGGCAGUCUGACUGAUUACAUGGAAACUCGCAUGUCAGCCCCAUAUUCUUUUAAGCCCGAUUCUAAUUUGCAUCGUGGGUUCAGGCGGCGCUGUUUAGACUUUGAGAUGCUGGCAGCUCGGAGGAAGAACUUAGAUGGCGGUUCAACUACCAACUCUUCUACAGAUAACAAAUUGGUGCCCGGUAAGCCUGACAGUGAUUCCCCAAGGUGCAUUGUACCCGGAAUUGGUUUGCACCUAAAUGCUCUUGCAAUAGCCUCAAGGGAUAACAAGAAUAUGAAGCUCGAAACUUUAUCUUCUGGAACACAAAAGCUAAGUUUCCCUAGCUUGAAUUCACCCCGCACAGGCGGUGCAGAAACUGCUUAUGAAUCUUUGCCUUCAGCCUCAACUGAAAGAGAAUCUGAUGCUGUUGAAAAUGGGGUUCAACUUGCAGAAGAUGCUUCUCAGGCAUCUGCCUAUUUAGUUAAUGAAGAGUUCAAUCAAAAUAGUCCCAAAAAGAAGAGAAGGAGAUUAGAGCAAGCUGGAGAGGGUGAGUCCUGUAAACGAUGCAACUGCAAGAAGUCAAAGUGUCUGAAACUCUACUGCGAAUGCUUUGCUGCCGGUGUAUACUGCAUCGAACCGUGUUCGUGUCAAGACUGCUUUAAUAAGCCUAUCCAUGAAGAUACUGUACUUGCAACACGCAAGCAAAUUGAGUCUCGAAACCCACUUGCAUUUGCUCCCAAAGUGAUCAGGACCUCUGAUUCAGUACCUGAAGUCAGGGAUGACUUGAUCACAACACCAUCUUCAGCUCGACAUAAACGAGGAUGCAACUGCAAGAAAUCAAAUUGCCUGAAGAAAUAUUGUGAAUGCUUUCAGGGCGGUGUUGGAUGUUCCAUCAACUGCAGAUGUGAAGGGUGUAAGAAUGCAUUCGGUCGGAAGGAUGGAUCUGCUAUCGUGGAAACCGACGGGGAGCCAGGAGAAGAAGAAAUGGAUCCUUCUGAAAAGAAUGCACUGGACAAAAACUUCGAAAAGCCCGACAUCUUAAAUAAUGAAGAGCAAAAUCCAGCUUCUGCUCUCCCAACAACUCCACUACAACUUUGCAGACCUUUGGUCCAACUGCCAUUUUCAUCGAAAAGCAAACCGCCACGGUCCUUCAUUGCCAUCGGAUCAUCUUCCGCACUGUAUACUGGCCAAAGAUAUGGUAAGCCUAGCAUCAUUCGACCUCAAAACAUUAUCGAAAAGCAUUUCCAAACUAUUGCUGAAGAUGAAACGCCCGAGAUUCUACGAGGCAAUUCGUCUCCUGGAACUGGGAUUAAGACUUCAUCCCCUAACAGUAAGAGGAUCUCUCCUCCUCAAUGCGAGUUAGGGUCAACCCCUGGUGGUCGGAGUGGCCGGAAGUUAAUAUUGCAGUCAAUACCCUCAUUUCCUUCCCUUACUCCUAAGCAUUAAAAAUGGGAACUUUCCAGUUUCCACAAAGUUCAGAUGAAAUUCUUUAAAAAUCAUUGUAUGUUAGAGAGGCAUUUGCAGUUAGGCUGUAUCUGUGUAAUAAACUUAUUACAUCUUUGCUUCCAUAAUGUUCAACUUCUCCUUGUAUAAUAUGGAAUGUUGCAUCUUUAUUUUAAUGUCCAACCUCAAUUUUGUAAA